AUGCUCCUCUCAAUGUGCAUUUCCUUGGUCUUUGUUAUCAUAGACACCUGUGCUAUUGCAGGCGCAUUUCACACGAAACUCCCGGUUGGAAUUGAACCGUUUUGGAAGCUCUCUUUUAUAUUUAAAUGUCUAUGCGACACUGUGAUCCUCGAUGACUUCAAGCAGGCUUUGGAUCGAAUUCGCAAGCAUUGGAUUCAGAUGCAUCUGCAACAAGACGAAACCAGCCUUUGGAACCUAAGAGACACCAACGUGGAUGGCCCGCCUGUCCCACAGAAUAACCUUCCUGAAGGUGCCUCGGGAAUUCACGUCACCUAUGGAUUCACUGUGUCUGAACCGCAUGUAGAAUCACUCCGCCCACACUCUCAGGUCUAA